AUGGUUGGGUUGAAGAAACUAUUGUCGGCGGAGAAGGCUCUUUCUCGUCCGGCAAUCAGCCUGGGACCCGAGGACUGUGGCGCAGAUCAACCCUACUUUCACAUGGCGGUUGACUCGCCGACACAAAGUCACUUCGAGGGUGGUUUCCCGUCCGGAGACUCGCAGUCACUAAAUGUGGCCCAUCAUUUUGAUCAGAUUGAGAAGCAAUUCGAAGAUCUACAUGAUCAACUGGGACGGUCGACAUCUUCCAAGUCCCAAGUGUGGCCUGGUAGCUCCCAUUUCGCGCCCAAACCUAAAAAUGGCCGGCAUAUCGACUUGAUGGAUGCUCUGUUCUCUACGGAGCAUUAUCAAACGACCGCCUCGGAACCACUUUCGCCACCUGUCAGCCCAUACAACGAAGAUGUUGCGGAACGAAACAUGACCCGGUUUAUACGGAUCCAAUACCGGAAUGGACUUGCCAAGUCGGGUAUACUUUCGGCCCUAUACCAAGAGGAUGUGGCCGACAGAAACAUUGUGAAAUAUAGCAGCCCUGGUCGCUCUUUGUCUCACUUGGGCUCUCGGUCUUCGCCAGCUGCGCCCGGUGGAGUGCGGAUUCCAGAAAGCCAACGUCGCAAUGCCAGGAAGCGAUUUCCUGGUAAGCCAAGCUGGGCGUCAGCAGAAAAUCUACGAACAAAGCUCUCCCCAGAGAAUGGUUCGGGCAAUUUAUCUCCACGAUCGCAGUCCCACCUUGGCAAUUGCCUGAGACCACAGAGAUCAGCGCCGAGCCUCACUGCAGACGAAGACUUUGUCCCAGAAGAAGAUGCACCCCCAGCUUCUGUUCAGUGCUUAGGUGUUCCUCCUGCCUAUAAACAAGGAAGAAGGUGGAGCAACACACCUCUGCCUGAUAGCCCUACAAUUCCUAUCCCCAUGGGUAAUCGUAACAGCACCACCGAGACUCCUGCGGUGCGACCACCUGAUACAAUAGUUCGCAGCACACAAAGAUCGCUCUUUCCGGUACAGUCACGAGAGCCAAGCUCCAAAAAGAAUGCGCGAGGUCUCUCAAUCAAUACACAGUUAGCUACUCAAGGACGCCCCAAAAAUGCGCACCGUGCCAUUCGGCCGCCAACACCCUCCACCAGCGAAUUGAAGCGGGCUCCCAGCAUCGCAGAAGUGAUGGACAGUCCCCUGCCAGUUUCCACCCCAAUCAGUCUCACAGAAUCAUGUUCGCGCUUUAAAGCCUCAGACGUGAUGGACUUUUUAACUAAGGCUUGUAAAUCCAUUCAGAGCUUCCACCCAACACACGAGACACUGCAGGACGCCAUAGUCCGCGAUGUCAAUUCCCACGAGGCAUUCCGCCGAGUCCCCGUGCCCUCCCCAGGGCCUCCAUUCACGCCCGUGUCGGACCAAGACGAGUUCAGCAACGAAUUCCGACCAGCAAACUCACUCCACCGAAGCCGCUCAGCGAAGAGCCGGCUCAUGAAUAAGAGCUCAUCCAAGCACAAAAGUAACCCCGAAACCCGCCGUAGCAUCUCAACAAGCGUGAGCUACGACCGCCUCCUACGAAAAGUCUCGGGCGCCUCCGCUCGCCGCCGACACACGGACGCCCCAGCCCCAACCCCAGGCUUCCUGGCCGAAAUCCAAGCCCAAAAAGAGCCCGUCAUCACUCGUGCCGGAUCUAAAGAGCCAAUCACCUACUUGGACGUGCUGCACGCCAGCAGUGGACAGCAACCUAUCUCAACCGGCAGCUGCGCAAGCCACUCUGCAUCUCACAAACGAGGACACUCGGAAUCCGUCGGCAACCUCGCCGCUAUGGCCUGCUCGCGCCCUGUUGUGUCUUUUGUCCCCGGGACCGUCCACCGCAUGCAAGCUCACUCGGCUCCUUCGAGCAAUUCCUCGCAUGAAGACAGUGACGAUGAAAUCAUUGAACUUCCUAACCCGAGUCCCACGCCGCGUGUGCAGAUCGAAGGUGUCGACGAGAAAAACAUCCGCUAUAUCAUCGAUGCUGCUUCGCCGGAUGAGGCGCAGAAACUUUUGCAUUGGCCCCAGCAGUUUCGCCGUGGCCGUGCCUCCAGUCCUUACGGGAGUAGUCUUUCUCCGUUGUCUCGUGCUCGUAUGCAGCUUCGAGGUUUGCGCUCAGUUGACUGA